AUGGAAAUAGUGAAUGAACCACCAAGAAAACGACGUUUGGUGCAUAACGAGCAUACGAGACUACUCAAUUUUGAAGAAGACUGCGAUUUAGAGUUAUUCCAAAAAGAAGCAAUAUGGAGACGGACUCACGAAUAUGACAUUCUCCUUCUGGAAGACGAAAAGGCUCAACAUAUAUGGAAUCAUUUGUUGGAAAAAUUUAAUCAUUAUGUAUUAGAAGCCCGCAGUCAUCAUCAAGAACUUAUGAGUCAUUUGCAAAAAGUAGCGUUUCCGUUGGUUGACAAAGAAAAAACAAACGAUAUACCGAAAGAAUUGUCUUUGGAGAAAGCUUUAUUUCUUGAAAAAAAUGACUUGGUCUCUGAGGAUCUGCUGACUUACUUCUCAGAUUACGACAAGAUUUUGAAGACUGUUAUUUCUAAUGGCAUUCUAUUAAAUUUGGAGGAAGGAAAUGUUUCAGAAUGGAACGAAUGGAUUCAAGAGAAGGAGAGCCAUUUUUUGAUGACUUUUGAAUCUUACUUCCAGCGACUGAAACUCGCACUUUUGAAAAAGGAGCUUACAUUAACUUCCGAUAGACAGCAUUCUGCAGAGCUUGAAUGGAAACAAUUGCAACAACAAAAAAUUACGCAGGAGUUGGAACAGAGCAUUGAACAAAAGAAAGAGCAGACGCUUCACUUGGCGGACUCAAAGGAUGGUUCCGAGCCUCUUAAAACGGAUGUUUCGUUGGAUGAUGAUAACGUCGUCAAGCUAAAAAAUAAUUUUGAUUCACAAUCCAGCAUGAUGAAGAGAAAUGUCGAUCAAAGACUAAAUCAACUUUUAGAAAAACAAAAAGAGGCGGCACAUUUGUAUAUGGACUUACUCAGUGCGGCUGAUAGAGCUUUAGAGAAAACGCCUGAGUAUCAAGGUUUACAAGAAAAACUGCUUGAAAACGAAAAAAAUGUGAAGACUGUAAGCAACCAACUUGCAUCUAUCUUUAGUGAAUUACAAACCUUUAUAUCCCAACGAACAAAAACACAGAUAGAGGAUGCAGAACAAAAAAUGCACGAAAUAAAGGGGAAACAAGCACGAAUCGAGGAACUUGAAAAAUCCUUGACUUCAAUGAGAACGGAACGUGAUGGACUCGUCGUGCAACAACAAAUGCUAAACACCAACGAUGUAUAUUUUCAAGAGAUUUUACAAGCUCUGUCACUUCUCAGUGAUUCAAAAAAGUCGAUUUUGGAAGCUCACAAGACUAAACUCGCCUAUUUGGAGUGGGUAAACAGUUUUGACUUGCAAACGGAUGAAGGCGACCAGAAAGAUGACGAAGUGGAAAAGAUAUCUAGGAAUAACGCUUGUUUAGAAGCGGAGCUUCCUGGGAUGCAUUUGGCUUUUAACAAAGCAUACUCGAAACUGAAAAGUAACUUAGAUUUGCUUCAAAAUAGUGAAGAAGCCAUUAAGAAAGCCCAUUACGACAAAUCCAGAGCCGCACAAAAGUACUUUUCUGCGAUGAAGUCCCGUGAUUUAUUGAUUACAGAAAGUAAAACCUUAAAGUCAGUGAGCAGCAAAGGUCAGGAUUACAUUAGUAAACUUUCUGAACGUGAAAAUAUGUUGGCCAGAUAUCACUCAUCUCUCAAGGAAAUGGAAGAUGUAUACAAACAAAUUAAAGAAAUUUUUGGAAGGCAUACUGCGGGAGUUCUUGAAGAAGAUAAACGCCUACAGACUAGAAAUUCUGAUCUUGAACAAUCUUUGAAAAGCUUGCGAGAAUCUAUCGAUCAUAUCAGAGAAGAUACUCAUGCUGCACAUGAAAAGCACCAUUCUCUACAAAUCAAGGAAGCUCAAUUUCGUUUAAAGGAUGAAUAUAAUCAGAAGGAGUCAGCCCUUAUAGAAAAGGCUUUUGAAACUGCGGAAGCACAGGUUUAUAAAGGAAUGCUAAAAUGCCAAAUUUGUGAGUAUUCGAACUGGAAAAAUAGGCUUAUACCCUCAUGUGGCCAUGCAUUUUGUUCGACGUGUUUAGAAUCCAGGCUAAGGCAAAAAGAUCGCACUUGUCCCAUAUGUGAAACUGCUUUCAACUCAGCAGACAUUGUGACAAUUCAUCUUUAA